GAGUGGGUGCUCCGCAUUUAAUUAUUUGUUUUGCAUAGUUUUUAAGCACUUUUUUGUUGACCUUGUGGCGAGUGAUGAGCGCUGAGACUGAGUAGCCGAGUGCCAAAACAAAAUUGUUGAUUUCUGCAUUAUUCUCUCAGUGUUUCUCUUAGACCAGAUCUCUUUGGUUAGGAACAUCUCUUUGUUUUAAAAUUUCACUGCCUGGGAAUUUGGCAAAAUGGUUAGCACUUAACGCUGGCCAGUCGCAAUGCCUCGAGGAAACGACUUGGACGCGGACCUGGAGGUGGACCUCCAAGGGGGGGACAGCCACUCGGCGGCCACCACGGUCACGCUGGAGGAGCGUCCUGGCAAGCCUCAGCUGCGCUUCUUCAGCAUCGGACCCAGCAGCUACCAGGUGCGGUGUCCACUGUGCCAGCAAAAUUCCAAGACGGAAACCGUGGAGAUGACGGGCGCUCUGGGCCAGCUCAGUUGCCUCUUGUCCGCUCUGUCCUGCUGCUUUCCCAUCUUCGCCCUGACUUUCGUCUACUCCUGUCUCCAGAGCCGUCUGAAGUCGAAGCGUGUGUUCUGCAGCCGAUGCGGUGGUCACUUGGGCUUCCACUGGCGUCCCACUUAGGACCACCACUUAGUUAGCUCUCCAAAGUCCCCGCAAAUGAUCUAUAAAUAAACCGGCAGCUGUUGUCAAAUCGUUUAAUAA